CUCAAAAGCAAUGACUUAAGCAAUAUUUGGAAUUUUGAACAAAAGUACAUAUACAUUGACCGCACUAUAAAAUCGGUUCCAUAUAACCGUUCUAAUCGGCGCGCGGCGUACUAUUCCAUUCAUUCAUAGUAGCGAAUUGACCGAGAUUUUCUCUAAGCCAUCCGCGGUGCCACCGGCAACUUAGAUAUCUUUCUCUUCUUCUUCAUUGGUGAAACGACCGAAGUACAAACGGACAGACGGACGCGAGCUUGUAUUUGUUUUAGUUUGGAACGCGAGUGCUGCUGAGCUGAAUCUGUAACGCGACCGGCGACCUGGUUUGAAAAUGAGCAAGAAAGCAGAUACCCUAACAGGGAGCAUCAUCGGCAUCUCAGACAUCACAGAAAACAGGGACAUAUGGCGCAUGUUAGCCGCAGAAUGCCUGGGCACAUUUCUCUUGGUAUUCAUCGGGUGCGCUUCAUGUAUUGGAAUCAAUGGGCCAAGUAGUGUGGUUCAAAUUUCAUUGACUUUUGGACUCACCAUUGGUUCUAUCAUACAGGGAAUCGGACAUGUGAGUGGAGGUCACGUGAAUCCAGCUGUCACAAUAAGCUUUUUCGUAACAGGUGACAUCAAACUAUUGAGAGCGAUUUUCUACAUCAUAGUCCAAUGCGUUGGAGCUAUUGCUGGUGCUGGGUUACUUAGGUUCGUCGUUCCAGAAGACAAAGUGGGCAAUCUAGGAAUAACAGAUGUUAGCUCUCAGCUGACCCCCAUUCAAGGAGUGCUGAUGGAAACAAUACUGACAUUCUUGCUGCUAUUUGUGGUCCACGGCGUAUGUGAUUCUAAAAGACGAGACAUAAAGAGCUCUGCUGGGCUAGUCAUCGGUCUUGCUAUUGCAGCUGCUCAUCUUAGCGGGAUCCCAUACACAGGUUCCAGCAUCAACCCAGCAAGAUCAAUUGGCCCUGCUAUUAUCAUGAACAUUUGGAACAAUCAUUGGGUCUACUGGGUUGGGCCAAUCCUGGGCGGUGUAAUAGCGGGAGUGGUCUACAAGAUUCUCUUCAAAGCCAGACAUGAGGAAAGCGAUUCCUACGACUUCUAAAGUACCUAUUCAUAUUUAUUUCUUAUUUAUUUAUUGUUUUCUAUAUACGAUCGGCAUUUUUUAUUUCGCCACUACUCAACUUUGAAUGUUGGUACUCAGAUAUGGUUUACUUAUUAGGUACCUGUUAUUGAAUGAAUUGGUACAAAAUCUUAUUACUCCUCAUAUUGUAGGUGAUAUUAUCGUUGUAAGAAGGAACUUUGUAUACGUAAGAGACACAAUUAAUUCGGUGAAAGCUCGUUUAAAAAGGAAGAAAUAUAUUAUCAUUUUUUUUUUGUUUCUUGAUAAAGGGCUUUUUACUACGUUCUGAUUUAGUACUAACACAUUUUAGCUACCAUGAACCAGCGUUUAUGAAAAGAAUGUGAAUUGAAUAAUUACCAUUUUAUGUGAGAAUAAACGAAAUGAUUGAGUCAACCUGUAUUAUCUCAGACUUCAUAUGAUAUUUCUUAAACAUUCACAUAAAUAUUGAGAUAUUAUUUUUUUUCAAAAAUAUGUUGUGAUACUUCGAUGUCUUUAUAUUCAUACUUAUAUGUAUAUCUCGCUUUAGGUUACGUUUAGUUUUGUUUGUAAUCGUCUAGAAGUAAAGAUAUAUUGUAAAAUUUAGUUUCCUGUAAUGCAUAUUCAUUAUUACAACCAGAAAAUCCUUCCUCCUUUUGUACCGUAUUUGUUUCUUCUAUAGGGUGCAUCCAAUAAAGUGAGUACAGGUAGGUCCUUAUUCAUAUUAAAAUGAAACAUCAACUAAGAUAGCAAAAAAUUAUUUAAUGAAAUUUCUGUUAUACAAUUUUCCAUAGGAGUAUACAAUUACUUUUAAACGGGUUAUCAUUAGAGAUUUAUAAGUUACAAUUAUAUUAUUUAAUAAAAAUAACAGUCUUGUUAUGUCUAAAUAACUAACAAUAAACUUGAAAUAAAAUAUACAGAAAACAUGCUUUUGCAUGAAGUUGGUAACAUUUGUAGAAUGCUUGACUGAAAGAAAUCAAAUGUUUCAGUAUCCACAAUAAAG